AUGUCAGCUCCUACUGCAAUCCACGGCGGCACGGCACCGCUGGCUGCACUGACAUCUGUAUUUACGCCGCCAUGCCCCACGACCUGGCUGUUGACGACCACCAGGCUGCUUUCCCAGUACCCGGCUUUUCCAAGAAGUGGCCCACAAUCGUGCGACCCGCCGUCCUGGUCGAGCUACAUAGCCGGAGCUGGCUUCCAAUUUUACUCGCCGGCCAUCUGCCCUGACGGCUUCAUCGUUGGGCCCAGCUGUGGUUUGACCAAGACAAGAACAGCCGAAGGUUUUCCUGCCAUUGCACCCGGAGAAACGGCUGUUUACUGUAUCCCGGCAGGACUGACAUGCACCACGGACACGAGUGACUUUCGCGGUGGUGUAUGGGGUUUCGCGCGUGAUGCUACAACAGCGGGCGCUGCCGUCACGGUCGGACCAGCAAUUCAGAUUCGAUGGGUGGAGGCCGAUCUCACCAAACUCGAAACGCACCCGCUGACGCCGGGACUAAGGUUAGCGAAGACUGAGCCUGGAGCGUUCACCACAUUAGCACCCCUCCCCACAUCCAGCACUUCCGUUAGGACGUCGGCGACCACGACUGGACCGGACACAAAGCCAACCUCGGAAACGAGUCAACAACGGCUGGAAGCUACCUCGGAGAGUACAACCCCAGGCCCGAAUGAGUCGAUAAAUCUAAUUUUUGAAACCGGAGGGCCGACGACUACUCUUGCUCCGCAAAAUGCAAGCAAUGCGGCCAUGGAGGGGGGGAUUGGCGCCCUUGACCGCGGCGCAAGCAUUGCCGUUAUCGUAGUGGUAACGGUCAUUGCAGGAGUGCUGCUUUUUACGGCGGCAUUCCUUCUCAUUAGGCGACGAAGAGAGCGACAAAAUAGGUUGCGUGCCCUGGCGAAGGAAGGCGGCGAGGCGGGCUUAGGUCCGGGGGCCGGAGGGAACCAGGACUGGGCCAGUUAUAAAGCCACAACGCUGAGUCCUAUCUCGGAGCUCGAUGGCGGGAGCGCACCAGCAAACGCACCAAUUGGCAGCACUCCCAACCCAGCCGAGCUUGAAGGCGAGCCGCUCGAAAACCCACCGCCAAAAGCGUGGACGCAGAGGUCGUGGCUCAGAAGCCCAUCCUUCAACUACCACCUGAACUCGCCGCGGUCGAUCCGGUCAUCGCGGGCGACGCGGCACACGUACCGAGAGUCGUUUGGCGAGAAGGACAACGACCCCGCUGCGGCGCUUGGGCGGCUCAAGAUACCGAACCUGGCGACUCUGUCAAAGACGUCGUCCAACUCGGCGAGUCCGAAAGCCGGCAGCUUUUGGAGGCUUCCAUUGAGUCCAAGGAGCCCGGUAGCGGGGAGAUUAAGCGCGCAGUUGUCCAAGCUGUCAUCGAGGUGA